AGGUUUCUUUCUUUAGCGCAUGCGUUCUUGUGUGUUAUGGAAAAAUGGCCGUCCUUUGUGUUCUUUGCAUGGAAAACUAUUUUAACAAAAACCUAGCACUGGUCGGUGAAACACUGUAAAUACGGUAAAACACAACUUUUACCAAAACGGUGUUCUAGCGAGAACGUGUGUGGUUAUGUGAACCUGAGUCGGACGAUAUGAGAAUUACCGUUUAGGUCGUUAACCCCCCUACGUCCUGCCUUUUAAGUUAGUAGGAGGUUCCUCAAAGAACUACACUAACCGUCAUCCUCGUGUUUAUUACUGGCACAUUGCCCUACUGCUGUAAAGACAAACCGUCCACAGAAAACCAAACGUACACACCUGUGUAACGGAGCUGCAAUCAGCAGCUGGACGCUCCAGCAUAGCUCGGGCCGUUAGGGGGUAUGUGAUGCAGGGAGUGGAGACAGAACCUCGGAUACAGAUUGGCGUUAACUGUCGUGCCACCCGUCAACAUGAUGCCUAUGACUUUUGACGCUUCCCACAAUGCAACACUGCUUUUUGACAUCUGGCGUGUUCACAAUGUUGCAGGNAUGCUUUUGUCAGUGCUGGUCGUGCUUCUGCUCACCUUUUUCUACGAGCUACUGAAAGUCUGGAGGGUGUGGUUACAGAGCAGGUACCAGCCGCACCAGGCCCUGGAUUCUGUGCCUCUGUCCUGCAGCAACGACUCCAGCUCCAUACUGAGCAUCAGCCGGUCAGAGUCCUCCAGGACGGCCAUUGAGACCCUCCCUUCUCCAGAUCUGAACAACAGAAACCGCCUAUUACUGCAUGUCGACCAGACUGGACUCCACGUGCUGCAGGUGGCUCUGGGCUACAUGCUGAUGCUGUUGGUGAUGUCCUACAACGUCUGGAUCUUCCUGGGUGUCAUCCUGGGCUCCGCUCUGGGUUACUUUAUCUCAUUUCCCCUGCUGAGUAAGAAGCAACUUCGCUGAGUGAUUUUUUUUUUUUUUUCCAUACAUUUGUUUUUUACUGGGAAAACUACUGGAUCUGCUGUUGGCAUGACAACGACGACAGUGGUGAUGUCGAUGACAGAUUGUCAACGACUGGUCACUGGCUUUUGUUGACGUUUGUGCUUGUGACCAUGGAGUGUGGAUGUGUUUUAGGUUUUAAUGAUUUUAUGACGAUUUUAGAAUGAAAACAUUUAAUAACUUUUAGUUUCUCUGGUGUGAAAGCGACGUUUGUGGUAUUUACUAACCACUUCCACUCAUUCUCGGAGACAGAAGUUAGAGAACAACUUGUGCCUCCAAUACUGUAAUUUAUUUGAAUACUUAAUUGAAAUUUAUUUUAGUUUGUUUAAUUUUUAACUAUAGGUUUAUAGUGGUGUUGUGAAAUUAAAAUCUGUAAUAAAAAUGAAACCUGUUUUAUUUAAUUUUUCUUUUUCAGCAAUCUUUAAUUGUGCACACAGGCAACAUUUCCUAUUACGCUCAAAUGUAACACUUGAUUCACGGAACCCCACAGGAGGGGGGGGUCUAGACCUCAGGUUGCUAUCCCCUGUACUAACUCCAUGAUACUAAAGAUGGCCAUCUUAAAAGUGUAUGUACUGUAUGUAGAUGUGUUUUUUGUUUAAGGCUGGUUUUUGAAAUAGCAUUAAACGCUGCAGUGUGUCAACAUGA